AUGAUUCUGCCGCCGGUAGGCGCCAGCAGAAAGUCUUGGUCGGACUCAAGAAUUAAAACUCCUCGUUUGGGACACAGACUUGGAGACGUCACGCGUUACCGACGACCGCGCAUAAGUUCUGUCGCGAUCCCAGGAAAGUGCGUCGAAAGAAUCAAGAUAAACGUGAGUGGAAAGAAGUAUGAAUUGACUUACAGUCGGUUGUUUAGGUUCCCUAAGAGUCUGCUCGCCCGCUCUGCCCGAAGAGAAGAAUUUUACGACGCCGAAAGGGACGAGUAUUUCUUCGAUAGGAAUCGAAUGGCGUUUGAAAGCGUCUAUCAUUUUUACCAAACUGCUGGAGAGUUUUUCCGUCCUGAACAUAUUCCGGACGACCUACUUAUGAAGGAAUUGCAGUUUUUUGGUCUAUUACAAUAUCUUUCGCUGCCGGGAAAUGUUUCACUGUCUGUAGGCCCCUCUAAGGUAAUUCUUCCAGCCAACAAGUAUCAAAGAAUGAUGUGGGAAUUCUUUGAAAAUCCAAGCUCUAGCAUUACUGCCCGACUUAUCAACGUGUUUAUGCUUCUGGUGAUUAUUUUGUCUAUCAUCAUGUUGUGCAUUGAAACUCUCCCUGACUUUGAUGAAGCAAAUGGCGGUGUUUCAGCACACAUUCGGAAACAAACAAAUGGAAAAAAACCGACCAAUAUUACAGGAGACAUUCCCACGGUGAUACAUGAAAGUCAAAGUUUAUCUAAUAAACUUCGGACUUUGUUUGUCAUCGAGACAUUUUGCGUUGCCUGUUUUUCACUAGAGCUGAUAAUCCGCUUUCUAGCCUCCGCUGAAAAACGGCGUUUCUUCUGGAAUCUUCUCAACCUUUUCGACCUCCUCUCAGUUUUACCUUUCUACCUCUCUCUCGUUAUGUCUUGGCAUUCUGUUAGCGCAACACAAUCCGCGUAUACUCUGAGGGUUUUGCGUCUCGUGCGUCUCUUGAGACUCGCGAAAAUAUAUCGCUACAGUUCCUCCGUGCAGAUCUUUGUUAAAACAAUUCGAGAAUGCGUCAAGGAUUUCCUGUUGCUCUACUUUCUUAUUCUGAUGACUACGAUUGUGUUUGCAAGCACCUGUUACUAUUUCGAGCAGGAACAUGAAGGGACUGAUUUUGUGAGCAUUCCCGCGGCGUUUUGGUGGGCCAUAAUAACACUGACCAGUGUGGGAUAUGGAGAUAUGGUUCCUGUAACUCUUGGUAGGUUUAAAUAAGUUAAGUAGCUAGGUACGUCUUUGCUACGUUGUACAAAUUUGAGGUUUAUGGUACUCUAGCUUGUAUCUCUCUCUAUUAAUACAGGGAUGCUACUUAUGCAUGUACUCUAUCUGUCUCCUUUAUCUUCACCAGCGACGAGCCCCUGAUACAAAAUAGAUAACAGCAGGAGAACAUCGCUAACAGCCAUAACGCUUUAACCACUAAGAAUGACUAGUAUCGAAUUUCUCCUCACAAUAUCACCCCUGAAUCACACAUUAAGGUCAUGAGAAUAAAGAAAAUGGUCCGGCACCAGCUCAGAAAAACUCUUGAUUAUUAAACAAAUUCUCCUUGUCAGCACCUUGUCUAUUACUCAAAGGGUGAUAAUCUCUAUCGAUCUAAAAUAGAAUUAAAAUUAUCAUCUUCAUUUUCUUUCAUUCCUCUGCUUCAGACAGACGAAUUUCUAACCAAAUUUACCCUGAAUUAUUUUUUGAAACUUUUAUUUCAGCUGGCAAAAUAAAUAGUGCCUUGUGUGUGGUAUUUGGAGUGAUCAUCAUCACCCCUCUGUUGCCAAUCAUAGGCUCCAAGUUCAACAGCGUCCAAGAAAAAGUCAAAAUCGAGAAACUUUUGACCUCAGAAAAGCUUCAGAUCUCAGAUGAUGAUUCUUCCGACUCUUUCGAAGACUGGAGAAGGACCGUGACAUUUGCUGAGGAAGACUUUUCGUUUGAGAUUCCACCUACCACAAAGAACUCAUCAUUUGAAAGUCAGAUAGAGUUCAGUGUGCGACCGAGGAGUGUACAACCGAGGAGUGUCACUGUAAUUUAA